GGCGAUUUCAGACAGUUACUAGAAGGAAAUCCUAGAAAUGAGAUGCUAGCGAGAUUUUGCGAGAAGCCAUACUUACAUCUCGUAAAAAAAACCGUCGAAAUGUCCAUUGUUACACUACAGCUAGGACAGUGUGGGAACCAAAUUGGAAGGGAGCUAUUCGAUCUGAUCGUUGAGGACGCCACAAAACUGAACUCUCGCUUCCUCUGCAAGGAACUAACCACCAGAUCGUGUACUGAGUACGAAGAGGAAUCGCUGGCGAGGUUUUUCACUCGUGAGAACGACGAUAUACUCAAUGCACGUGCAGUAUCUAUUGACAUGGAAUCAAAAGUUAUUUCGCAAACGUUAUCUGAGGCGAGUAAAUCAGGGACAUGGCGCUAUCCAAAGGGACAGCAGUUCAGUCAGAAGAGAGGCUCUGGUAAUAACUGGGCCCAUGGCUUCUCUGAGCACGGUCCCAAAUCCAUCGAUAAAGUCUUAGAUUUGGUUCAGAGAGAGGUAGAAAAAUGUGAUCGCCUGGAUGGGUUUUUGACACUGCUUAGUCUUGCUGGAGGUACUGGUUCCGGGGUUGGUGCAUUUGUGACAAACUCACUUCGUGAUUUUUACCCCAAUUCGUUUAUUGUUAACAAUGUAGUAUGGCCUUACAGUAUGGGGGAAGUUAUAGUGCAAAAUUACAAUGCAACCUUGACAUUAGCACAGCUGUACAAGUCCUCUGAUGCUAUAAUCAUAGUGGAGAAUGAUAAGCUUCAGAAGAUUUGCUCCAAACUUUUGAACCUUAAGCAUAUUUCCUUCAGGGACAUCAAUAAAGUUGUAUCACACAAGCUUGGGAGUAUGCUACAACCUAUGAAGCUCUUUAGAGCUGGACAAAGUGAAACAGAACUAGGGAAAACUCUGUCUGUCUCCAGCUUACUUGCAGAUAUUGUGGAACAGCUAUGUCCACAUCCAGACUACAAACUACUCAGUCUUCGCAGUAUACCACAGAUGGCAGAAAAGUCAAUGGCAUAUAGCACAUAUAACUGGUCUGGACUAUUAAAGCACUUGCGGCAGAUGUUAAUAGCCGAUGCUAGUAUGGAGGAAGGUAUUGAUUGGGAAGUAAGACUUCCUGCUGAUGGGAUUUCUGAUCAUCAUAGCCAGGCUUCUUCCUCCGGCACUCAAUCAAAUCCUCCUCUCAGACAGAACUUUAACAAGUCUAUUGCAAAUAGAGUAGUCAUGAGAGGAAAAGAUGUGACUUAUGCUGACCCUUCUGCAUUUGCUGACCCAAGACUCUAUGUAGAUUGGAUGCCAUCAUAUGAUUUAGGCUCCAUCACAUGUCACCUCAGACCAUUUAAUAAUUAUGAGAAGUCAGUGACUUUGCUAAGUAAUAGCCAAACUCAUGUGGGUCCCUUGAGCAAAGUCGUUGGCAAAGCCUGGACAAUGUUUGCCUCAAGGGCAUAUGUGCAUCAGUAUCUAAGAUUUGGGAUUAGUGAGGAUGCAUUUGUGGACAGUUUUGCUUGCUUGGAACAAGUUGUCAAGAAUUAUUACUCUCUUUAAUAGAUAUAUAGUACUGUAAGUACUCCGUACUCCAACAGAACAAAGAGGAGUAACCUCUGAAUAGUGGAGAAGUAUACCAUAAUUUGUAAAUCUAACCUGGGGUCUUAAAACAAACACAAUGAGCUCGUAGCGCAUGCUAGCACACAACCAAAUUUUUAAUUGGAAAUUCACAAAUUUACCCCGUAUAUAACGCUAAGCAUGUGGAAAUAAAGUCCCACCCGAAGAAAGGGAGCCGAAGUCCUGGCUCUUUUGAAACUGUAGUUUUACAUUCAAAUGUAGCUCUUGUUCUUCCUCCAUCUCCUCCUUGUAGUACUGUAAGUUAAAUUCUUAAUUGGAAAUUCACAAUUUUACCCUGUAUAUAAGGCUAAGCAUGUGGAAAUAAAGUCCCACCCGAAGAAAGGGAGCCGAAGUCCUGGCUCUUUUGAAACUGUAGUUUUACAUUCAAAUGUAGCUCUUGUUCUUCCUCCAUCUCCUCCUUGUAGUACUGUAAGUUAAAUUCUUAAUUGGAAAUUCACAAUUUUACCCUGUAUAUAAGGCUAAGCAUGUGAAAAUAAAGUCACACCUGAAGAGAGGGAGCCGAAGUCCUGGCUCUUUUGAAA